UCUGGCGGUGUGUAGGCGUGGCGGCGGGGGUGCGAGCGGCGCGCUCCCGUGCAGUUGGUGGCAGUGCGCUGCUCGGUGCAGUACUAGGAUGGCUGCGAUAUGUCUGCUUCUUCCUCUCCUCUCCCUGCUCCCCGGGACCGGAGCCAACCGGCAUGCCGUGCACUGGAACAGCUCCAACUACCACUUGCGGCGUGAUGGGUACACGGUCCAGGUGAAUGUAAACGAUUACCUAGACAUCUACUGUCCUCAUUACAACGAGACCAUAGCGGAGCACAGGAUGGAGCAGUACAUCCUGUAUAUGGUGAAUUACGAGGGAUACAGAACCUGCAACAUCAGUCAGGGCUUCAAACGCUGGGAGUGUAACCGGCCGCACGCUCCUCACAGCCCCAUCAAGUUCUCCGAGAAGUUCCAGCGCUACAGUGCGUUCUCCCUGGGGUACGAGUUCCACGCCGGCCACGAAUACUACUACAUAUCUACUCCUACGCACAACCACCGGCGCUCCUGUCUCAAGAUGAAAGUGUUUGUCUGCUGUGCAACCACGGCUCAUUCAGGAGAGAAGCAGUCGCCCACGCUGCCCCAGUUCACGAUAGGACCUGAAGUGAAGAUUGAGGAUCUAGGUAACUUUAACCCGGAAAUCCCCAAGUUGGAGAAAAGCAUUAGUGGGACGAGUCCGAAGCGAGAACACUUACACGUGACGGUGGCCGUGUGUCUCCUUAUAAUGACACUCUUAGCGUCCUAGUUUCCCAGUGGCCGGAAGGCUGGAGGCCUUGUAUCUGGACUACAAAUGCAAGUACAAACUCCACGGGAAAGAACUCGGUCAGUACGGAGUAGGUCCGGCCACUGCUGGAGGAGAACAACAUCUCGCCGUCCAUCUUUCCCACAUUCCGUGGCACCAGAACACUACAAAGACACCAGUGGACGCUGUUGCAGCCACCAUCCAAUGAUUUCUUGAAUGACGUCCAGGUGGCAGCCAUACUGGAUUGGUGGCCCUCGUGGCCCAGGAGAUGGACAUCUCAGUUACAGCCCCUAUGUAGACGUGGCAGCUAUAACUGGGCUGUUGUUUAUUUUUUUCUUGAGUGCCUACGCCGUCUUUGGGGUGACAACAGACCAUCUUGUUAGUCGGCCUUACCGUCCCCGAAUUUGUCCCUCACUUGCCUGGACACGUUUCAGCCCUGUGGUACAUUGCCCCUCUCCGCAUCUCAUCGCUCGGACUGCCGCAAGACUCAUGGAUUUCAUAUGCCCAAGUGCGUUCUGGCACAGUAGCAAAACCCUUUACAUACCAAAUGUGCAGCUGUUACUCCUCAAUGACCUUCCCCACUUCUGGUACCAAUUGUGUACUAACCUGAUAUAUUAUUACACACGCCCAGUGCAGUGGACAGUACGACUCCAUGCAAGUCUCCACGUGCGAGGGUGGGGGACAGGACUGUAUCUUCUGGGGUCAGCUUACACCGGAUGUGCGGGCUGGAACCCUGGAAUAGCGGCUCCAGACAGGAGGAGGCACCAGACCCGUCAUGCAUAUAACGCCCUACAUAAAUAUAGUAACCCCUUCUCCACCCUCAGAGAUCCGCCGUUGGUGAGACCCAUUCCCUAGGUCAUAGUCCCAGUAACUAAUGUCCUCAUCCAAUGAUCCGUCCGCAGGUGGAAGCAGCGCGGAGGGGCACGUGUCAUACACAGAUCACCCUACUGAUAAUAUGACCCUAGGUAAAUGACAGAUUUGACACCCAGGCCGCAGGAGGGGCUGUAUUCUAUAGAGGGGGGAGACACGGCGGAACAUACGGUCGCUGUCCCUAAACCUACAACAUAGACAGCGGACUCAGAGAGAAUCCCCGGCCUUUGUGUCUGGGACAAUAGGGAAACCGCUCCUCCCAUUUAUACAGAGAUCACGUUCUCGCGUCAGACCGUCAUCCGUCCCUACAGCCCUCGUGUAGCACAGUGGACAGCAGUGCGACAGACCCCAAAGGUACAAUGUUAGGGAUGCAUUCACCACUCCAGCCCAGUGUGCCCCAAAUCCCAAAGGGCAGCAAUGGCGCUUGUGCAACGUUCAAGAUCUGGAUUCAUCGGCCGCAGUGCCGGAGCGCACUGCUGACUGUUCAUGUAGUGCCGGCGGACAGAACGGUGUUUGUGUAUAUACAUAUCUAUUGCUGUAUGUAUACAGUCUCUCCACCUAGGUAUACAUAGCAGCCGUGCCCCAGCUGUACAUAGAUUAAUGUGGUCCGCGUCUUCUAUGAAGCCGCCGCGCCACCUAUGCAAUGCACAGACACUUUUCAGAGAAUAAAUAUCAGACUGAUCUUUUUAAUGAACUCGCUUUGCUGUGAUUUUCAUAAGAUGCUGUUACUCUAUAAAACCAAUAAAACCACAAAAAUCA